AUGAGUCUGGCUGCUGCUCAGUUGGACCAAGCUUCAAUCACCACUAUUCUUAACAUUCAUAAUCAGUGGAGAGCUGACCCAACUAGUGUUGGCGCAUUGGCACCCGCCACAACCAUCCCAGCUUUGAAAUGGAACGCCACCAUGGCCAGAGAUAUCCAGACUCACGUUUCCAAGUGCUCCAACACAUGGAGUCCAGCCGCCCUCAAGUCCCAGGUGUCCGAGUGGAGCUUCGGAAUUGCCCCCAACUUUGACGCCGCCCAGAUCCUCAACUGGAUCGCCGAGGGAGCUCCCGCCUUUGACUUCACCUUGAAGGCUUGUCCAUCUGGAAACUACAGCUGCAGCAUGUGGGCUCAGGCCGUGUGGGCCACCUCCACCCAGAUUGGCUGUGGCAUGGCUCAAUGCAGUGGCUACUACUACUUGUACUGUGACUACAAGACACCAGGUGGAUACAGAAACAAGAACCCAUACACUCCAAAGAACCUCCCAACCCCAACCCCAACCUCCACCCCAGCUACAACUGGAAGCACUGUGUCCACGACCUCCUCCACUACCUCGACCACCAAGCCCGCCACCACCUCCUCGACUACCUCCACAACUUCGACCACCAAGCCAGCCACCACCUCCUCGACAACUACCUCCACUACCUCGACCACCAGACCAGCCACCACCUCUUCGACCACCACUACCACCACCCCAGCUACUACCACUUCCGCUGGCGCCACCUCUGGCACUCCAACUCCAACACCAAACGCUGGUGGCUCGAUCGAUUGGAGAUCAUUCUCCACCCCAGUAAGAAACCAGGGUCAAUGCGGUGACUGCUAUUUGUUCGCCGCCGUCGCUAACAUUGAGGCAAGAGCUGUCAUCUACAAGGGUGCCAACAAGGACACCUUCAACUUGGCCGAGCAGGACGCCCUUAACUGCAUCAGCAACGGAUGCAACGGAGGCUGGCCAACAUCAGUCUACACUACCUUUGCCAAGAAUGGUAUCGCCUACGAGUCCACCUACCCAUACACCGAGACCCAGAGCACCUGCACCAAUGACCUCUCUGUCGCCCGUUGGAAGUGGGCUGGCUACAGCGAGAACACUGGCACCACCAAGGCUGCUUUCAUCAACGCCCUCAAGACUGGUCCAUUCGCCGCUGCCCUCUACGUCGACGAUGCCUUCCAGAACUACAAGUCUGGUGUCUUCUCAUGUCCACAGGCUUACACCAGCAUCAACCACGCCAUCACCGUCACUGGUUACGACGCCGCUGGUGACUACUGGAUCAUUAAGAACUCGUGGGACACAUGGUGGGGAGAGAGUGGAUACAUUCGUUUGACUGCUUCCAACGACAACUGCAACAUGUUGAAGUACGCCGGAAGCUACGUUAACUACUAA